AAAUUUUCUGUUAAAUGAGAAGAAUGGCUGAUGCAUGCAAAAGGCCCACUUUGAUUUGCUCAUUUAUCACAUUGCUAGCGCUCCUAAGCAUUAUAUUUCUUUGCAUGAACGCUGUGGAUAAAUCCCUAAAAAUAAUAAAUCCAAAAGAACGUUUACGGCCUUGGUUCUUGAGGGAUUAAAAUAAAUGUAACUGCAGUUUCGGGCAUAGAUGAUAGGUAACUACUGAGAUAUUGAAAAAUAUAAAGAAUGUUUAAGAAAGUGAAAAAGAAACCGCUAAGGGAGCGGAAGGCCUCAUCAGAGAGUGACGAAGCACCCCAAUCAGAUGAUGAGGAGCUAUCCUUAGCUGAGAAGCUGGAGGAAGCUCGGGAGCUCCAGAAGCUACGUAAGAAGGCUAGUGGCAUUGACAUUGAAACACUUGCUAAAGGAGAUGUUAAGAAGGAUGCGAAAAAGAAGAACGACCCAUUCAAGAAGACAACUGGUGGAAUGGUGGACCUGGCUGCCGUCAAAAAGGGGGCCGCCGAUGACACGGACGACGCGUACGACACAGGUAUCGGCACCUCCUUCUCGGCCGAGACCAACAAACGAGACGAGGAUGCCGAAAUGCAGAAGUACAUCGAGACGGAGCUGCAGAAGCGGCGCGGUGUUCAGGAGAACGAGGACGACCAGCAGAACUCGUACCUGACGCCCGAACAGGCGGCGCUCAUGGCUGUGCCGGAACAUCUGAGGAAGAGCUCCAACAAAAAGUCGGAGGAGAUGCUCUCCAAUCAGAUGCUCAGCGGUAUCCCGGAGAUCGACCUCGGCAUAGACGCCAAGCUGAAGAACAUUGAGGCGACGGAGGCGGCAAAGAUGAAGCUGCUGCAGGACCAGAUGAACAAAAAGUCGGGUCCCUCCCAGUUCGUACCGACCAACAUGGCUGUCAACUUCGUACAACACAACAGAUUCAGCAUCAAGGAGCCGCUGCGGCCGAAGCGUGCCGAGCAGCGCCCCGAGCCCAAGAAGCCCGUGCUGGUGGUCGGCGGAGUCCGCGAGGACGACGAAGAGACAGAGAGAAAGCGCAAACACGGCCAAGCCAGCGACGACCUGCUCUUCAACAAGUUCAAAAAACAGUUUCGGCGGUGACCACCGGCGGUGGCGCGGUAUGGCUGCCGGCGGAUGGAUGGGUGAUGCUGGACGGUGGAAUGGGUGACUUGGAUGGUGGAAUGAGUGGUGCCUUGGAUUAGAGAUGUCAAUCGGAUACCAACUUUUUGGUAUACCGAUACCAAACCGAUACCAACUCGGUAUUUGGUAUUUCAAUCCUAAUGUGUUUGGUAUUUUGUUGGUAUCAUGAACCAUCGCUAAUGUUUAAGAGGCUAAGAAAUUGGUAAAAGGUUGGUAUUUUCCUCAUGUUCCCAAGUUGGUUUGGUUUCGGUAUUUCUCCACGGUUUUGGUUGGUAUUUGGUUUGGUAUCGGUAUUCCGAUUUUCCGUAAUUGACAUCACUACCUUGGAUGGUGGAGUGACUUGGAAUGGAAAAUAAGUGAUGAACGGCGUGGUCUCUUGAGUCUAGGGCGAGCCUUCUUCGCGCUGUGUUGGGAGUAUUUGUGCGUGUUUGCUCGUACAUAGUUAUUUAUCAGUACGUCUGGUGUGCGGUUUGUGCUGGCAUCAGUAUCCUUGUGAACGGUUGUUUGGAUACGACGCCAUGUACAGUUUUCAGUGAUAAGUGACUCGUGUGUCGCUCUUCGCCUCGUUGUUGGUCAGCAUUUAGCGACGUGCACCCUUUCCGUCACGCUCUCGAAAAGAGCCUUCGUCUUAUCGGAACAUAAUCGAUUGCUGCGCGAACGAUUUCCACUUUUCAUCCCAUAAUUCCGCAGUUCCUCAGAAUCACUCCAUCCCAUCAUCGACCUGCUUUAACCAGCAGUUGUGUAACACAAUACAGCUAAUGACUGGCACAAUGUAUUUUCGAACCACGCAAUGGACGGAAGUUAUCACAUCUAUCAGUCACGUAUAGGCUGGUCCGGUGUCGUGUUGUACUGCUCUGGAUCAGACCGCACAAUGCGAGUGGACGAAGGGAGACUCCUCGCCUCGCCGGUCGGUGGCGCAGAGAUGACGAAACAGGCGUGAAUCGACAGCUGGAGGGCCUAGACCCAGCGGAUGUAUGACAUCGGCGAACAGCCUACCGGAUAGUGAGGUCUGCCUAUGGCCGGUUACCGGCGGUACAACCAUAUUAUCUAUUCACAAUUGCGAAGUGUGAAAUAAGUUAUAGGUAAUAUGGAAAAGGGUAUUUUGUGUCCGCUGGGAUGACUGACCGAAUAUACUGGAUUCCCGCUAA